CUCCAGGUGCUCAGCUCCAUGUGUACUGAGGGUGACCUGUUGGAUCUCUGCUUCAGUCUCCUGCAGCCGUACCAGCUUCUGUCCGUGGAGCUGCCUGAAGGACCCCAAGGAUCCCACACCACCACCACCGGGACGUCCUGGGCAGACGCCUGUGUGUACGAGUGCGCCCGCGGCCGCCUCCAACGUCUCUCGGCGACCCGUAUCCCCCUCUCCUCGCGCCCCGUCUCCUGCUGCCGCKACCCCUCCUCAACCACCCUGCUACUGGGCCUCAGCGACUCCUCUCUGGUCCUCUACGAUGAGAGGAGAGGGGUGUCGCUGCUCGCCCCCUGCCCCAUCCCGCCCGUCCUGGUGGCCUGGCACCCUGCAGGGGGGGUGGUGGUGGUGGGGGGAGGCCAGGGGGAACUGAUGGUUCUGGAUCUUGGCUUGGCUCCCCUAGUGUCCUUUACCUUCUCCCCUCAUCCAUCUCCUCCCUCUCUUCCCUCUUCAGGUGCUCUGUCAGGGGGUCAGCUGGGUCCGGGAGAGCUGUUGCAACAGAGGUUACGCUGUGGCCAGGUGGACCAGGCUCUAGGAAUUCUGGGAGCCAUGGAGUGGAGCACUAUGGGAACGGAGUGCUACCGGGCAGUGACCUCUGUCACAGACUACCUGCUGAGGCUAGAGCUGGACCAGACCAGAGAGGCCCAGUUGGAGGCAGCUCUGGGUGUGUUCUACGCUCCGCCCCGCCCCCUCUCUGACUCGGUGGUUCUAGAAUACAGAGGGCCAAUCAGCAAGUACGCCCGACGCUUCUUCCACCACCUACUCAGGUAACCCAGCCCCCUACAGUAUAACCCAC